CCAUUCCCAAGCCAACGCCACACAAACAGAGAGAGAGAGAGAGGCGUUGCCUUUGUACACGAAAGUAUUUUCUUUCCUUUCCUUCUUUUUCCGUCUUAUUCUGGGGAUCGUGGAAUGCAGAGGGUCUGAUUGAAGGCACUGCAGGGGGUGGGGUUGGUGCUGUUCUUCUUCCAAAUUCGAAGAAAAGAGUAAAACUCCCCUCCUGCGCUUUGUGUCCUCAGCUCCUCAUUGUAUGUCGUCUGCUUCAAGAGAUCAACAUUUUUCUCUGUUACUUUAGUUCUCAUUUGAUUCUACCGCUUCGUUGUUGCCUGCGCUCCCUGUGACAUAUGUGUGCCCAUCUAGAGAUUCUAGAGAUACCACCAUCGAAGUCUUGAUAGAAAUUUUCUGAGUCCUGUAUAAGUUGGUCGUUGAUUGAUCAUCUUUUCCAUCUGUUCUAUAUAUCUCUCUUUGUUGAUCUCCCCUACUGUAGGAUCUUCUGAAUCGAAUGAUAUGCUUCCUAGAGCUUCUGUAAGAGACCCAUAUAUACCAACCUUUCAAUUAAUUUUCACCACUUUCUUCUGCACGUGAUCAUUAUACCGUGUUGGAGGGGAGAGGACAAAAUGAACGUCACGGAGACGAGAACAUCGCCGGCCUUCGAGCGGGCGGAGAAGAGCCGGCACGGGUGCAGCAUCUUCAGCAAAGUCUUCGGAAAGCGCCGGUUCUGGAGGAAGCGUGACUCGCUGGCCGGCAGCAGCAUCGGGGCAAGAGGCAGAGGAAGCGGAAAUGGCGGCAGCAGACGUAGAAAAAUGGGUUCGGAUGAAGCCUCCUUCCUUACACAAGGUGGUGGUGCCAUGUCUCCCAGCUCUCAAUCCAAUGCAAUAGUCCAGGUGAAGCGUGCGGCCAAUGAACAGGCCUGCCAUGGAUGCAGCACGUUGGUGAGAGCGUCCAGCAAAGUCAUGGUUCUCGGCCACCUUGGCAACAUUAGGCAAGCAACCACGCCCACCUACAGUGCCCCGGACAAGCACCGUUACGUUGCAACCAGCACCAACAAAGAUCAGAGAGCACAGACUCCGCCUAAGGCCAACCCCGUCGCCUAUGCCGCCGCUGCUGCAGCAGCAGAAGCCGUCUCCUCCGAUCUACAGAAGAAAUAUGGUUAUGGCAAUAUCGUAGCGACCAGAAACACGAACAAAAACAAUAACAGUAGCAACGAUCAUGAGGAUCCCAAGACUACUGCAGAUGGUACUGGUAAAGGUGGCGCAAUGCUGAGCAAGGCCUUGUCCAAGAGGCUUAACCCUGAGGAACUGAAGGAAGCAGGGAAUGAGGAGUACAAGAAUGGCAGGUUUGCUCAAGCGUUGGCCUAUUAUGAUCAGGCCAUCUUUCUCGAUCCGAAUCGCGCUUCCUACCACAGCAACAAGAGUGCUGCGCUUACUGGGUUGGGCCGAUUGCUUGAUGCGGUUUCGGAAUGCAAGGAAGCCAUUAGGCUCGAGCCUACAUAUGCCAGAGCCCACCUUCGCUUAGCCACCCUUUAUUUCAGGCUUGGCAUAAUGGAUAAGUCGCUAAGCCACCACGCACAAGCAGGUGCCGAAUCAAAAGAAGCAGAGAAACAUCAAGCACAAGCGGUGCAGGCACGCCUAGCAAGGUGCACCGACGCGAGGAAGCUGAGAGACUACCACACCUUGCUGACCGAAGCUGCGUCGGCCAUUUCUGCUGGUGCUGAUGCUGCUCCAUACUUGUUUGCAUCAGAAGCAGAGGCACUAAUGAGGCUGCAAAGGCAUGAGGAGGCAGACAAUGUGCUGAGCAGUGGCCCUCAGUUUGAGGUCGAGGCGACCACGAAGCUAUUUGGGGCCGCAAGCAAUGCCUACUUCCUUCUGGUCAGGGCACAGGUAGACAUGGCCUCCGGCAGGUUCGAGACUGCGGUUUCAGUAGCACAGCACGCUGCUAACCUGGACCCAAGCAACAAGGAAGUGGGCUCAGUACUAGAGAGGGCUCGAGCCGUGGCUGCGGCUCGGUCAGAUGGGAACGAGCUGUUCAAGGCGUCGAAGUUCGGCGAGGCUUGUGCCGCUUACAGCGAAGGGCUGGAGCAUGAGCCCAUGAACGCCACCCUCUUGUGCAACAGAGCCGCCUGCAAGUACAAGCUGGGGCAAUGGGAAAAGGCCAUUGAGGACUGCAAUGCCUCUCUCAAACUACGCCCUAACUAUUGCAAAGCACGCCUUAGAAGGGCAGACUGCAGUGCCAAGUUGGGACGUUGGGAGGUUGCAAUUCAAGACUACGAAGCCUUGCUGCAGCGGAUGCCGGACGACGCCGAGAUGCUGCAAAAGUUGGCCAACGCCCGGCUGCAGCUCAAGAGGCAAUUAGAAGGGAAGGACCUUAGAGAUGACAGCGCGCAGGACAUGGAUCUCCCUUCUAUUACAAGCAUGGACCUAUUCAAGCAGUUUGUGAGAUCCCCUGAUAUGUGUGUGGUACUCUUUUGCACAAAAUCAAGUGAGCCAUGCAACCAGAUCAUGCCGUUUGCCGUACAGCUCUCUAAGAAAUAUCCAUCAAUUCAUUUUCUCAAGGUGGACAUAGAGGAAAGCCCUUCGCUAGCUAUGACUGAAUGUGUCGGCUCACUACCAGUGUUCAAGAUAUAUAAGCAUGGAAACAAAGUCAAGGACAUCAUUGGAAACAACCAAACUCUCCUAGAGAGCACUGUGAAAUAUUUUAGCACCAGAUGAAGGAAGCACAGGCCUCAUCAACAAACAUUUGAUUUGACAUGUGGAUUACGGGCAUAGUAAGAGAAGAAAACAGUUUAAAACAACUUGCCACAUAACAAGGACGGAACACAUAGUUUUGACUGAUAGGCCUGCCAAGCAUGAAAAUUUCUUCUUUUUGUCUUAUGGGGUCCAUGGAUGUCACAUAUGGAUCAUGUACGAUGACACCAAAGCAUGCAACUGGGGCCAGUUACAAAUAGCAUCAGAUGUAUGUAUAAAAAGCAUUUUGUGUAUUGGUUGUGUUUCUGAUCAACUUGUAGCCCUUUGAAAUUUGAAGUUAUAUACACAUGUACAUAGAUACAAUGACAGUUGUCCAGUUUGCAAUUUUUU